AUGCUUCUCAAGGCUAUCGCUCUUCUUCCCCUUGCCGCUCUUGCGGCCAAGGCUGCCACCAUCGGCAGCACCGCCUCUCAAGCUCCGAUCACAGGCUACAGUGUCUACGUUCCUGAGUGGGAGGUCCAGGCAUUCCCCGGAGGAGAGACUCAAAUCAUUAGCGGGACCGUAGAGCAGGUCUUGGACGAGCUUCGCAAGAUCAACCCCAACUACGACGAGGACUUUGGCAUCAAGAACAACACCGAGUCUGGGCUGGCCGGUAUGGUGGGCCCCAAGGCUGACUUUGAGGGAGCCCCAACCGUAUGUGACGGCUGGGAGCUUGCGAACACCGCCCGCAUUCGCGAGGGAAUCUCCCACCUUGAUGGUGUCGAUGGAAAGCCUCACAGAGGUGCCGGCCCUGCCAGCUGCCCACAAAGCGGACGUGUAUCUUGCAGCUAUAACUCAGCAAUUUGGUGGUGCAACGAUCUGAAGGAAACCAAGGUCAAAGAACUCAACUCCUUCCGUGAGAUCUCCGACGGCGCACUCUAUGUCAUCAAGAAGUGCCGAGUUGGCGAGAGCACCAGAGUCGCUGGCCAGGCUUUCCACAAGGACAAUUGGAACGUCAUCGUUCGUUGGGCCAGAUGCUGA